AUGGCGGACAUGCAGGACACGAUGUUGCUGGGUAUGGAGGGAAUCAAGAAAACCAUCCUGCAUGGAGGGACCGGAGAUAUCCCAAAACUCAUCACCGGGGCAAAGGUGACAUUUCACUUCCGCACCCAGCUGUGUGACGAUGAACGUACAGUGAUAGACGACAGCAAAGUGGUGGGGACGCCCAUGGAGGUAGUGAUCGGCAACAUGUUUAAACUGGACAUCUGGGAGACGCUGCUGUCCUCCAUGAGGAUCGGUGAGGUGGCUGAAUUCUGGUGCGACACCAUUCACACUGGCAUCUAUCCACUUGUUUCCAAGAGCAUGAGGCGCAUCGCUGAAGGCAAAGACCCAGUCGAAUGGCAAAUGCAUACGUGUGGUAUGGCCAACAUGUUCGCUUACCACAGCCUCGGCUACGACGACCUGGACGAGCUGAUGAAAGAACCAAAACCCCUCUACUUUGUCCUUGACAUGCUCAAGGUGCAGCAGCCUAGUGAGUACGACAGGGAGACGUGGGCUUUGAGUGAUGGGGAGAGGCUGAAGGUGGUCCCUGUGCUGCAUGGCCAGGGGAACAAGCUCUACAAACAAGGACAUUACCAACUGGCCGGACAAAAGUACAAGGAGGGGAUCAUCUGCAUCAAGAACGUUCAGAUGAAGGAGAAAGCAUGGGAGGCCCCGUGGUUGAAGCUGGAGAAGAUGGCCAACACCUUAACCCUCAACUACUGCCAGUGUCUACUGCGCAUGGAAGAAUACUACGAGGUUAUCGAACACACCAGCGACAUCAUCAACCAGCACCCAGGUGUCGCAAAGGCCUUCUACCUGCGAGGGAAGGCACACAUGGAAGUGUGGAAUGAGGCGGAAGCUCGGCAGGACUUCAGCAGGGUGCUGGACCUGGAGCCCGGCAUGAAGAAGGCCAUCAAGAGGGAGCUGGCUGUGCUCAACAUGCGCAUGGAGGAGAAGAACCAGGAGGACAGGAACAAAUACAAGGGCAUGUUUUGAUCAGGAGAGACUGCGGCCGAGGUUGGAGAAUUGGGGAAGUGAUGGGCUAAAGAAGAGUUAAGUUAUUAAGCCACAUACCCAAAUCCCUGCACUGACUUUCACAAGGUCUGUGAGACACUCCCAGGAUUUUGAAAGACAUCCAAUAAAAUGAUCCUGUUUCAUUGAAUCAGGAAGUUAUACAUAUAUAACCCCCUCUCUGUUUGCCCUCUUUUCUGUUCCUCUGCACCAUGAAUGAGACAACCUAUUAAAUUUCACUCUCAUAAUCUUACUUAAACAAAUAUUUCAUUGCUGGAAAGAUGGUGUCUUUAUAAAACGGGUCUAUGCA